GCAUGUAAACAUGCAUGAAAGGACAGUCACAACAACACACACAGUAGCAAUAUGCCUUCAAAUAACGUUUUAUAGACUGCUUGGGUUAUCUUCGGGGCAUGGAGGGCGAGUUUGUGUGCUGUCACGCCAUCUCUUUCACAAUGCAUCACUGGACGCCGUUAGUUUACGCACAAUUUGGAACAGCUGUACAGUUUGAGGGUGAAUGUAUUUUGUUUGUCGUCAAUGCCAGCGUUUAUAAGGGGGAAUCUGGCGGCGAAUUGCGGGAUUUCGGUCCAUGACUGCGACAGGGAUGACUGUGAGCUUUACCAGGAAGUGUGUCAACUCUCGACUGCGCAUGUUCUCAAGCUCCACAGAAUGUAAGGAUGUGUCCGACGGCCUUGUAAAAAGUAAUCAGCAUCAGGACCAUGGCGGAGACAGAGGUCACCGUGUCCAUGGGCGACAUGGUGGUCGUCAAGACAACGGAACAGGAUGACGACGGAGAGUCCGACAGCAAGACGCAGGUUAUCCUCCAGCUCCAGCCCAUCACACACACACAGGGAUUGGGUGAAGAUGGUGAAGCGGAAACAGCCGUGGUGGCAGUUGAAGCCCAGGAAGCCACAUUAGAUGGGGAGGAGGUGGAGCUGGGAUAUCCCAUCACCUGCGGGGAGAGCAAAGCCGUGCUGAUCAUGAAGAAGUUUGUGUGUCCUGGAAUCAACGUGAAGUGUGUCAAGUACGGUGAUCAACUGAUCAGCCCUAAGCAGUUUGUCCACAUGGCCGGGAAAGCCACUCUCAAGGACUGGAAGAGAGCCAUCCGGAUAGGCGGAGUCAUGCUCAGGAAGAUGAUGGAUUCUGGCCAGCUGGAUUUCUAUCAGCACGGGACUCUGUGUACUAAUACGUGUCGCAGCACCAAGUUCGACCUGCUCAUCAGCAACACGCGAUUCCCCCCCGACGGCACCCUGCUGGCCACGCCCACCUCCGCCUCAGGUGAGCACACCUGCCUGUUAGCCACGCCCACCUCCGCCACAGCAACGGUGGAUAAUGGUAUUGUAUUGGAGCGUGUUGAGGAGGGGGACGUCACCACGGUAACGACCGCAUCAGUAGAGUGGAACACAGCCAGCAGUCUGGAGAACGCCAUCAAGAAGGAGAACCAGGAGAUCUCAGAGGAGACCUUAUCGUUCUGGAAGGGCAUCGCGGAGGUGGGCCUGAUGGGGGAGGUCGUGACCAACAUCAAGACGGAGCUGCUGGAGAUGCUGAAGGGAGUUCAGGUGCACACGGACCACACAAGCCUGCUGGACUCAGAGGUGGCCGUGCUGAGUAACUUGGUGCAGGUGUUUGGUCUGCUGGACUCCAUUAAGAAGAUCCUGAACGAGAAGAGACUGCAGACCGACCCCAGUCAGGAACAGCACAACACACUCACCAGUCUGGAGCUCCAGCUGGAGGAGCAGCGUAAGCAACAGGCCCAGAGUUGGCUGGCCCUCAACAGCAGCAUGGUGACCCCCAUGCCCACGCCCGCCCCUACGCCCACCUCCUCCAAGAGGGCCCCCAAACGCCCCCGGCUGCAGCGGCCGGCCUCCACCACCACCCUGCUGACCUCCCCCUCCACGCCCACAGGGGGCAGUGUGACGCCCCAGCCCCACCUCACACUGCACCCCCAGCAGUUCACGGUGCUGUCCCCCAUCACGCUCACCUCCGUGGGCCACCAGCCCUUCUCCUCCGUGGGGCAGCCCUUCACCGUGGCCAACCUGCCCCUCGCCACGCUGGCGCAGCCGGCCAACACCCUCACCCUGCACACGCUCCCUGGCGGCUCUCAGAUCUUCACGCGCUACACAGGUGGUGGCACCACAGCUACGGGAGCAGGUUUGGUUGCCACGGCGACUACGGCGUUAGACGGCAGCAAGGCGGGCCAGCAGGAAACCAUCACGCUGCACUCGACGUCAGGAGGAGAAACCAUCACGCUGCACCCGACGUCCUCAGGGGGCCUCACUCUAGUGGGCACGGCUGCAAUUCAGGACUCCGGCCACAUGGGGGCGACGGUGGUCAGUCCUAUGGAGCUGGUGCAGCUGGCACAGGGGGCCCUGGGCGGGGGGGCGGAGGGGGUGAUGGUGUCCGCGAGCACGGGGGCCGCCGGAGCGGAGGUGAUGGAGGGAGCCAUGCUGGUCCAGCAGGACCUGGGAGAAGUCACAAUCGCCGGAGUGGGAGGAGAGGAGGAGGAGGAGGAGAACCAGGAGGGUCACGCCACGGUGAUCGAGAUCGAUCCGGCCCCGGGGGAGGGGGAGACGCAGACACACGCGGUGGGAGUGAUGCAGCUACAACUGGCUGAGGAGCAGGAGGAGGCCAACGGAACAGGGGGAGAGAUCACUACUAUGGUCAUAGGAGGAGCAGGAGGA